AUGGCAGACCACUACCGUGCUGUUCAUCCUUGGACUGUGAAAGAAGAUGGCUCAGUCCUGAAUGUCAUCACCAGCAAGAAGCCAAAUGCAAACAGCCAUGUGGAAGACCACAAUGAAAUGCCAGGGUCAUUUGACACCCAAGAAGUUCCUCCUGAAUUUGGCAAGUCACCUGGUUCAUCUCAUGAAGCAACAGAAUCUCUCACAAUUCUCAAGUGCCAUCAUUGCCCUGCGACAUUUCAUAGCCAGCGUGGUCUUAAGACUCACUGUGGAAUGAAACACCCAGAAGCUGUAACUGAAAAUUUAUAUGAACAGGAAGUACAGCGAGUACAAAUCCAAAAACGUGUGCAUAUCUUUAAGUGUCCACAUUGCACCUACGUCAAUACCAACUAUCAUGGAAUUCUCACUCACUGCCAGAUGAAGCAUCUUUCCUGCGUAUCCAGGGCAGACAGUCUUCACGUGAAUGAAAAAGAUCUACGCAGUUGGGAAGACAGCUUGAAAAGAAAAGGUCCUGGUGAGAGUUUGAAAUUUAGCGGGUACAUGUGUAAAACCUGCCCUCAAAUCUAUGCAACGUUGGCGAAGAUCAACAAGCACUGUGAGAACGACCAUAAAGACACUGUGCCAAACGCGGGGCCGAGCACACACAAACUAGCUCCUACACCAUCAGCUGCACGUAAAAUACUACAAUCUAAUACCCACAGCAGCAGAGGAUCACUAUCGAAAGCUUCCUUUUUAUCCAAGAAAAAAUACACACGGAUUAAUUGCCAGUAUUGCCGUUAUACUUGCAGCACAAAAAUUGCACUCAGUCAGCACUUUCAUGCUCACCACAGCAGCAGCGCUGUUCCAAAGGCUAAAGAGUAUGAAUACAAGUGUGUCCUGUGCCCUAGGUCUUAUUUCAGGAAAAAGCGUUUAGGAAACCAUUAUAUUUUGAAGCAUGGGAAGGAUGCCUUCUUUAAAUACUAUGGAGCAAUUUCCAAACAGAUCCCAGAGAAGUCUGUGCUCACAUCUCCCAACUGUCCUUUAACUCAGCGAUCCGAAACCGUUUCUGAAGUAACUGAGUCUAUCACAACGACAGAAGAGGACAAAGUAUUAGUUUACAUGUGUCCUAGCUGUCCCUAUGUGAAUGCUAGCCACCAUGGAACGCUCACUCACUGCCAAAUGAAGCAUCCAGUCCUCACAGCCAGGGCAGAUGAACUGAAAAAGGAAAAAAUUCUUGUAACCAACAUGGUUGGCUGUACGAUGGGAAAAGGAUCUAAUGAAAGAGGGUACAUGUGUAAAAAGUGUCCACAAAUUUAUUCAUCAUUGGAAAAACUAAAAAUCCACGGUGAGAGGGACCACAAUCAGGCUGAGCCAGCAGCUUCUGAACUUUCAGCUGACACUGACACUAAGAAACAGCCUCAUCACGGCUCAGAGGACUUGGUGUUGGAGGCUGUUCCUUUAAAAAACAAAACAUCAGCAGUGAACACCACAGACAUUGAUCUCAGUCAACAGCUGGCCUCUCCUGAGACAUGCCAGGUGUCAGAGCAAAACAAGGAAUUGCUGUAUAAAUGUCGCAUGUGCACCUAUACAGCAGUGUGUCGAAGGUAUCUGCAUCACCAUUACAAAAAUACUCACAAAUUGGAUGCACUGAACACAUACAAGAUGCUGGAGGAGUAUAACAAACGUAAACGCAGCAUAGCCCCCUACCUGCUGAAAGCUGCGUGUGAGGAAAGUGCACAUGUCAAAUGUAGGAAGUGUCCAAACUUGAUGUUUGACUCAUCGCAGCAGCUUAUUGCCCACUAUAGUACCUUUCAUAGCUCAGAUUACAAAUUGGACUUUACUGUGUUGUCACAACAAUCAAAGAAGAGCACAGAAAUUUACAGAUGUGCCCACUGUGAUAAAGAAUUAAAUGGAAUUAGAAAACUGUGUCGCCACCUGGAUCGCCAUGCAGCAAGGGAGAAAAAGAAGGCUGCAAAGGCAAAGUCACCGUCUGUCAUUAAGUCAACACCAGAGACCACAUUCAUUGAACUCUGUAGGCAAGAUGAACUGCCCAUGUUAGAAACAGUGGAGGAGCUGACCCAGUGGAAUGUGACGCAAGUAGAGACCUUCACUUUGCCCGCGAGUCCUGUGUCUUCACUUUUAAAAUCCACUGAUGUAGAGCAGCCAGAGCUGGAAUCAAGAGUGGACAAACACAGUUGCAAACAGUGUGGGCGGACAUUCAUGUCUCUGAAAGGUCUGCGCUCGCAUGAGCGCAGCCAUGCAGCCCUGGCAGCCAUCAAGGACAAUCUGCCUACUUCAGCACUAAGGCACAACAUUAACAAAUACGUCAUCUACAAAUCUGGAACGCUAAGGCCUUUUGUAUGUAGUAUCUGUUCCUAUCGGACCACCGUCUUGGGCCUGUGGAGGUGUCAUUUUAUGAAAAAACAUCACGAUGUCAUUAUGGAUCCUGCAGAGUCUGAGGUUCAAGAUGAGGAGCAUGCUCAGAGGGCCUACAUGGAGCCUCUUAAUUCAUCAGGGGACAAGAAUAAUUUGGCUGAACCUGAUGAAGAACCUGAAAUGGCUGACGAAUCGCUGUACUUGGAGCCCCCAGACGUGCAGCGACAGUUGAACCACUACAGCUUGAUGGCACAGACUGGCAUCUCGUCUAACGCCAACCUGCAGGAAACCGAGAUACCUGAGAACAGUCAGCUUCACUGCGAGUUUUGCAAUUUCAGCACCGGACACUUGUCUAGUAUAAGACGCCAUUACUUAAACCGCCACGGGAAGAAGAUCCUCAGGUGUAAGGACUGCAACUUCUUCACUGGUUUAAGGAAAACCCUGGAGAUGCACGUGGAGACGGGUCACUCUACCUGCCAGUCAGAGCCUACUCAUCAGAAAGACCUCCGCUGCCCUUUCUGCCUCUACCAGACCAAGAACAAGAACAACAUGAUCGAUCACAUCGUCUUGCAUCGUGAGGAACGCGUUGUGCCAAUAGAGGUGCGUCGCUCGAAGCUGUCACGUUACCUCCGAGGCAUCGUCUUCCGCUGCCACAAAUGCACUUUCACAAGUGGCAGUGCUGAAAACCUGCGUGUGCACAUGAUGAGACAUAAUGACAUCAAACCCUACAAGUGUCGGCUGUGCUACUUCGACUGCACUCUGCUGAGCGACUUGGAGGCACACCUGAGUGAUAAGCAUCAGGUCGUGAGGAAUCAUGAGCUUGUGGGUCAGGUCAGCCUCGAUCAGCUACAGGCAAAGGUUGGUAGGAUGCGAGAGGAAGAGGAGGAGGAACUGUUAACAAACAGAGAGCGCCAGGAUGUAGAAACAGUGGAGUUUGUUACUGACUGUAACAAAGUUCUACAUGAGACACAAGCUGAGAACCCGGCAGAUAAUGACACCAGGGAGAAAAUUACGCUGCAGAUGGAAGAAGCAUAUCCGAGGCAUGAGCAGCACCCACAAGGACAAGCAGGGAUUGUGGUCUUGUCAGACACUGCAAAAGGACAGAGGAUAGAAGAUAUAGUAGAACAAAAUACUGAGAAAAUGAACAAUGCAGAUAUCCAGUUUGAGAAAUGCAACAGUCCAGAGAGAGGGAGAACUUCAAAUGAGAACCAAGCCCAAUCCAAAGUGAGAGGUAGUGAUGACAGCGGCGUAAUGUUCACACAGCAAAAAGAGGAGGCGGCAAAGGGCAGCUCAACAAAGAGCGGUAAAAUAGCAGUUAAAAUAGAGGCCCACAAGUUAAAAAUAAAGUUACUUCAGCGCAGAACAUUGAACAUUGAGGCUAGCGUAGAAGACGAUAUACUGCGUGACAUCCUCAUGUUGGACAAGGACGACAGCAUCUGCACGACACAGAGAAAGGCAGAUCGGGAUAGGACGGUUAAGAUAGAGCAGAACACAGAGACGGACUGUGGAGAUAAUGCACUAAGCAACUUGCCAGGUGAAGAGAGUAGCAUCAACUUGGCCCAUAACCCAAAACUUGAUGAUCCGGAGGCAAAGAAAUCUCACAUGCAGGCAAACAGCAGGACGCAGAAGAGAUUUAAAGUUGAGAGGCAUUUGCUAACUCUUCUGCCCAACUGUGCACAACUUAAGAUAAGCCAUAAGGAGAGUUCAGCUGCCUCACUCACAAACUGCAAAGAGGAACAAGUGCACAGUGAGGAGGUGACAGACCCUUAUGGAGAAAUGCCAGUGCUCGAGAAUGAGUAUCUGAAGGAUGUAUUGCAACCUUGCAAGGAGGAAGAAGAAGAGAUCGAUCAUCUUGAGCAGAAGCAGGAGAAAGAAGAUGAGAUGAUCACUGAAGACAACGAGAACCGAUGUGAGGAUAAAGAAUACAAGGAGGGAGACAGGAUAAAGGAAGCUGACAGUCCACAUGUGUACAAAAGUGCAGUCACAGCCACGGUGGAAGCUGCUGAAGUCCUAUGCCCAUCAGUCACAGAACAGGAACUUUAUACUUGUGACCUUUGUGGACGAAACCUCAUGAGCAGCUGUGAAUUGAAGCGUCACAUAAUGCGACAUGGGAUGUAGCGGUUUUCUUUAUGUUGCAAGCAGCAGAAGCAGCUUCCACUGUUGAUUUUUUUGUUUGGGAAGCUCAAUAUUGUUCUCAUGAACCGUCCUGUGUUCUUUUACUGUACUGUGGAUUUGAAAAUUACUUGUUAACACAUUAAUUUUUCACGUUUUGUAGAUUUUAAAACCUUUUUUGAAUGAAACGUUUUUAUGGUACAUAUAUUAUAAGUAUGACUUUAUUUUGCUUUUCAAUAAAUAAAACUUCUGAAUGAAGCUGGUAACUGCAAAACGUGUGGCACAUUGUCAUUAAGAACUAUAAACAUCUUUACACUGUGAACUAUUGUUAUAUACAAACCAAUACUAAGAACCAACCUCAAAACCACUGGUAGUGAAAAUGCUUUUGCUGCCUUCAGGUGCUGUUGGAUAUUUGAACGUCUUAUGCAUCUUGCCAGUGAGCAAUGCUUUAAUAAGGUCAACUUUUGGGUUGCCAGAUAUUGGAGAAUCCUCCUCCAGCAUGUCACUCGUUCUUCGAGGUAGCAACGGAUGAGCUCAACAUAAACUGAAACAAUUUCCGUCUUAAAGCUAAAUUUUGAUACAGAGGCCCGGUCUACCAGAUGGAGGAUGAGUUAUUGUUCUUCAAAUGUGCACAUUUCUAACAAAUUUAUUAACAAAAUAUAUUAAUCAAGUGAACAAGGGCCUUUUUGGGGCUCCUGUGCAGUUGCUUGCUUUGUC